AUGCCUUUCGGCAUUGAGGCUUUGGAAGCUGCUGUGGAUGCAGCUUUGGCUGCAGAGGACGGCCAAAAAAGCGUGCAAUGCUUGUCGACGGUUGUGGAGGCCCUGCGCACUCAGGCCAACUUGGCAGAGUCCUUUCUACUCUCCGGCGCAUCUGAACAGAACGGCCCUUCCAGAGACUACUUGCGCGUGACAUCCGCCUUCGAGCGCCUUGUGACCAAGGGAUCGUCACCAUGGUUUGCGCAAUUAGCUGACCUCCUAAGAGGAGCUGCUGCAGAGGUCAUGCCCAUACUUCCCAGGCGGCCAUUUGCGCAAUCCGACUUCUCAGAACAGUCCGAUGCAAAUGUCAGACAUGAGGAAGCAGACAUGGAUGUGCAAGACCCUGCAGAUCCAGACAAAGAGUCUUCCUCUGGCACGGGAAGUACCGAGGAGCCGAAAGAAGACGCGGCAGAAAUGCUGGACGUAGAUGAUAUGGCUGAAAUGGAUGUCGACGACGAGCCCUCAAUGCCUUCGGUUACGUGGUUGUCGGCGCUGCUGUCGGCCAUCUUGCCCCUCCUGACCAACGCAUUGCCCCGAGAUCAGAACGAGGUGUGCAUUAUCCCGCACCCACACAAGAUGGAGAGGCAAGAAGCUGCGGAAGACACCAUGCACGUGCACUUGGGAACCUCGCGGUGGCGCCCCGUCUUCAACACGAAGAAGAUAUGUGACAACUGUGGCACACGUAUCACAGACCGCUUCUACUACCACUGUUCCGAGAACUGCGAUAUCGACUUUUGCCAGGACUGCCAUACCAGAUCCGGAGAGUUGCUGGAUGCCUUCAUGGCAGAAGUCGACGAAGUAAAUGAUGAACAUCUGUCAAGACGUUUGUUUUGGGUCAUCGACAUCACCGAGCGAAUAGGAUGGUACGUGCUGCAUUUGAAUGUGGCAGACAGGCGCAGGUUGGCACAUGAACUAGCCUUUUCGUGGCCCACCGUCCUUUUCGAGCGGCUUGCACAGGCGGCCGUGGAUGUAGUCAACGCCAGAGUCGUGCACGUUCAGGAUGUCAAGGACAUCCAAUCAGACGAACGCUUCUGGCAUGCAGUAGGCUGGCUCCAGUUUCUGUACAGCACCAACGAGUUGCCGUGCAAGACAAGGAGACUUGAGGAGCAGAGCAGUCGUGGUCCAAAGGUUGACUACGAACGCUUCGUCCUGGAUGGUAUCAACAAGUGCGAGCCGCUUUCGGAGUUUCAACGUUGGCGGAAGCAUCCCAGCGCGACGGUGCCAAAAGUGCUGGACGUGCGAAGCUUCAAGAUCACUAAUGACUUUUGCUCAUUCCUGACACACAGCAAUCUCGUGCCUGUGAACUUCCGCAGAGUUUGCUUACUCUGCGAUGUUUGGGAGCAGAUGCAGGGGCGAAUCGUGCCUCUGCACCUUGAGGUUCCGCGCGAGCCUCAGCGGCUGGUUCAUGCUGUUAUGGAGCGCUUCUGCGAGAGCCUCAAGGAUGCCGAUCUGCGUCAGCCGCUGCGGGUCUGCUUUCAAGACGAAGAGGCUGGCGGCCCCGGUGUGACGAAGGAAUUCUUCCAGGUUGCACUGCGCAGUUUCUUGGACGCUUGCCACAACAACGAGCGGCUCUUUGUAUACGAUGAGCAGUCACGAACGUACUGGUUGAACGAGCGGUCUGUCGGCUCCGAAGAUUUUUUCCGCUCUUAUGGCAUCCUGCUUGGCCAGGCGGUGCUCAAUCAUAUCCAUGUUCCUAACAUUUUCCCCCGGGCUCUUUACGAUCGGCUUCUCGAGGAGCUGGAGUCACCGUGCGCAAAGAAAUUGAGGCUCGAGGACAUUGGGGCCGUGUGUCCCCACAUUGCUAAGAGCUUGCGCCAGAUUCUGGAGUACACGGGCCAGGACAUAGCUGAGAAGUUUGGGGACCUGGCUUGGCCACGUGGGUCCCCUCAGCUGCCAGAGGACCUGCAGAUCUCACAGGCGAACAAGGCAGACUUUGUACAGGCUUAUGUUGAUUGGUUUUUUCAUGGAAAGAUCGAGGCCCAGCUGAAACCACUGAGCGAGGGCUUCAAGACCAUCCUCGGUGGUUCGUCGCUGCUUCGCACUAUUGUUGAUGCGGUUCAGCUCGAGAAGAUUGUUUGUGGCAGAGCUGACAAUGUAGAUGUUGACGCAAUCCGCUCUAGUGCAGAGCUCGAGGGCUGGACAGAGGAGGAUAGGUUGGAAUAUUUACCAUGGUUGUGGGAGGUUCUUGCAAGCGUCAGUCCUGCAGAGAAGGCCCAGUUCUUGAUUUUCGUCACGGCCAGUGAUCGGGUGCCUUUGAAGGGAUGGCAAUCCCUAGGCCUCAUCGUGCAAAAGAACGGUGUCGGAGAUGAGCGUCUACCAUCUGCUUACACUUGUUUCAGUCAGUUGCUUCUUCCGCGCUUCUCGACCAAGGAGAAGUUGCGCAACGGGCUUUUGCUGGCUAUCGCAAACAGUGAAGGUUUCGGACUUCCCUGA